UUCAUUUAAAGUUUUUUAUGUGGACAGGCUUCUUCCGAACUUCCUCUGCGUGCCUCAAGGAGAAAAUGGUUAAGCCAAAAAAAGAGAAAAUAGCGAAUAAAUGUGUUCCGACCGGCGAAAUAGUUGAUAAAAAAGCGCAGGAAUCAGCGAUUUUCUCCGAUACUGAAGGUCGAAUCGGACUGCAUAUUCACGCAAAACCGGGCGCCAAGAAGAGUUGUGUUGUAGCAAUCGGAGAUUCGGAAGUUGAUGUAGCAAUUGGCGCAGCGCCACGCGAAGGAGCAGCCAAUGAGGAGCUCAUUUCAUAUUUAAUGAGUGCUUUGGGUCUUCGAAAAAAUGAAUUACAAUUUGAUAAGGGAGCAAAGUCAAGAAGCAAAGUGGUGCUGAUAGACACAAAACGAUUGACCAUUGACGAAGUACGGAAGAAGUUGCAGGAAGAAAUCGACAACUGAUUCUGUAAGAAUUCAAGUUAUUGAAAAAAUUAUUGAAGAAAUCUGAAAUAUCUUUUAAUCGUGUUAUUAUUAAACGAGUGUGCCCUGUAAUUUCAAACUUUCGUUGCUGUGGUAUUUUUAUCGAUUUUUCUCAGUUUUUCGAGAAAAAAUGGCGAGAAAGCUGAAAAUUCAACGAGAAUUUGGCAGCAUGCUGCAGCAAUAAAAGGUUGAAUCUACAUUACUCUUUAAAGGCGCACGCUUUUGUAUUUAACAAAAAUUUGUCGUCGCGAGACUGGGUACUGUACUUUUGGAGUAAAACUCGCAUAAUUUCGAAAAUUUUGGAUAUGCAAAACACAUUACCCACAUUAAACAAAUAUUUCACUUUAUAGAUUUUUAAAUACCUGUUUCCCAAUGAAAAUUUGAAAAAAUAAUUUGAUUGUUAUUUCAAUAUUUCCAUGUUUUCACUUUCUGAAAACAAAUUUAAAAAAAUUAAAGGGCAUUGUUAUAAACAAACAUACUGUUUCAAUAGAAAAUAUUUGAUUGUUCACCUGAAAAAAUGUUUGCUGGAAAUGUAUUUUUCAUUUUUAUAACAAAGCUCGCAGACAGUUCAAUCGUUCGAAAAUGUCUGGGCUCUCUGUUUACUUCCUCUCUCCGUUCCAUUCAUUUUUUGAUUUCAAAAAACAAAACAAAAAUGCAUUUAAAAGACAGACAAACACGUGUGUUCAGUCCACUUGCUUUCCUUUUUCUCUACCAUUUUAUCUCUAAUUUCACAAAAUAAACCAACAUUCAUCUCCAUAUUUUCCCAUUCAUUCACUCUCCUCUCUCUAUCUCUUCACAAAUCAUUAUCAGUGAUCAUUGCAACAUGACACUUUUUCUCGGGAGUCUCUUGUUCAUUUAUUGUACCUUGGUAUGUUUUUUGACCCUUUAUCUUUCCCAUCAUAACCCGAAAUUAGAGUUUAGAUAUCAGUAAUCUCCGCCAAGCCUGAUCCUGAAAUAUGUGAAAAAUAUGAAGUUGUUGAACAAAAAUUCAAAUGUGGACCUGAUGGCUACCCACUACAUUUUGGUCUCAGAAAUUGUCUAAUGUUCAAUAAUCAAAGUGAGAAUAUUAUCAGUUAAAAGCAAAUCAAAAAUCGUCAGGGGAAUAUUUCAAAACUACUAAAAAAAUCAACAAUUCUCAAAGCUUUUCAAAUUGUCAAAAAAUUUUGAAAAUUGUAGCAAUUUACCAACACUUACCAGAACGAAAGUUAUAACUGGAAGUUUUAAAAAAUAAAUAAAAAUUUUAUGAUAUUUUUAAAGAUUAAAAAUUACGUUGGAAAAUAAUUAAAAUUGUAUAGUGUAUACUUAAUGUUUUUCAGGCACACUUGAUAAGUUCACCCCAAAAGGACGGAAAUUUGUUGGAUGUUCUACUAAUUGUCUAGUCAAAGCCAUUGUUAACAUUUCCGAAGUGAGUUUAAUAAUAAAAAUAUCAUAUUUUCUUAUUAGUCUGGUAGAAUAUACUGUAGUUAUGUGAAAUUUGUUUUUAAUAAUUUAUGUCUAAUUGUUAGACUAAACGCUUUUUUCAGUCUAGAAUGAACUAAAAUAAGUUUCCAAGUUAUCACUGCUAAUACCAAUUGCAGUCACAAAUUUCAUUUCAAAUUUUCAGUACUCAACCAGCUGCACUCAAAUCCAAGAAGAAGCGUUCAAAUCACACGUCGAUUGCUAUCUCAAUUGUAAUUUCUGUGAAGUGUGCAAAACCGAAAAACUCGCAUUCCUUGGAAGUUACGAUUGGACAGAUUUUCUAAGUUAUGCUGCCGUUAAACAAGUUCUUGCAAUUAUUCGUAAAUGUGGUAUAUUUAGUUGUUUGAAAGUGUUUGAUGUUUAAUAUUAUUUUAUUCGGGUUUUUCGUUCGCUUUCCUUGGUUUUUCGUUGUCCCAUCUCGAAAUAAAUGAAGCUCAUUCAAAAAUGCA